UCCGCGCCAGUGCAUUCCCAACGACACAAAUACAACCCGAAAGCCAUGGCUGCCACCGACUCGACCUCGCCCAAGUUCAUCGUCAUGUCUGACUUUGACGGGACCAUUUCGCUUGACGACACAGGCAACAUCCUGACCGACGCGUCCAUGGGCAAGGAGCGGCGCGAGGCCAUUGACAACGAAUACAUGGAAGGCAAGAUCUCGUUCCGUGAGCUGCAGAUACAGGAGUGGUCUGGGGUGAAUCUGACCUGGGAGACAGCAGUUGAGCUUCUAAAGGACAGCACAAUUGAUCCGCACUUUGCUGGCGUCGUCGACUGGUGCAUCGCUCACAAGAUCCCGCUAGGCAUUGUCAGUGCCGGACUCGACAAGCUCAUCGAUUUGCACUUUGAGCACAGUCUGACCAAAGAGCAGCUCGAGUACAUGGAGAUCUUCUCCAACAAGCUCAUUGUUGUCGGCGACAAGUGGAGCAUCAGAUUUGCUGAUGACAGCGAACUCGGCCACGACAAGGCGGCCAGCAUCAAGAAGGUGGCAGACCGCUAUGAAGUUGCGCCCAAGGUCGUGUUUAUCGGCGACGGGAUCUCUGACGUUGCGAGCGCCAAAGAGGCAGAUUACCUGUUUGCCAAACGCGGCCUGGAUCUGGACAACUGGUGCGAGAAGAACGGCGUCAAGCGUGACCCGUUCGACGACUUUGCGUAUAUCACCAAGCGGCUGGAGGAGAUUAGCGCUGUCCUGUAGAUGCAAACUAGUAGACAUUUGCUGCAAAGAUACACUAUUGACGCUCUAGCCUCUCUGCUUCAC